CAUUAUGACGUAAAAAUAGACCAAAUACCAGUGACAUUUGAGGCCAUCAUGGCGGGCAUUGUAAACAGGAAAAAGAGCGAAGAUCAAAUUAAAUCUUGUGAUAUCAUGUUUGAUGCCGGCGUACAUUCAAAUGUCAGGGCUGUUAUUGCUAAUGAACUUUUAAAGUAUUUUAUGUACGAAAGGCAACAGAUACCAAUGCCAUUCGAUCAUUUGAAAAAAGAAGCACUUGCCAAGUCGAAGACCACCACUUCCAGUAUCGAGGAAACGACUGUCUUGACUACUGUGAGGCAGAAGAGGAAAUGUUUCUAUGGCAGCAUGGAGGAAAAGAAGAGGACAAGACUGAUUUCCUGUGUGAUGGAAGUGAUGGACCAGGUCGAGGCUGCUUUUAUCACGUGCCCUGAAGUUAAACAGGUGCUCAUCACCAUGGGUGGCACAGUCAUCAGUCCCAGGGAGUCGUUUCUCAUCAACCUCCCUCCUCUGUCCCCAGAGGCAGACUUAGUGUCCCUCAAGUCCAGUGUCAAGUCUCUGUUCCGCCAGCUCAUUACCCACGACUUGUUGGGGGGAGUGAAACCCAUCUCACCAACACACAUCUCUGUACUGCUGUAUGCACCCAGAGAUAGCGGCAUACAGUGGUUUGUGCCCAAGCCCAUAUUCAAGCGUCCUGUCCGCGGUCGACAGUUUGAGUACAACAUGAAAUGUAGACACCAUAAUGUGGGGUCACAUGACCUGUCAUGUGAUGUGAGUGAAAUUGAGAUAUCAGGAAUUGAGCCUCUGGACUCAUCAGUGCUGUCUGACGUUGACAUGAAUGACUGUGUUUUGAAGAGCUGUCUUAGUGCAUCUUACCCAGCCACUGCCUUGUAUACUGGAGAUAGUCAGAUGGAUACAUGUAGGCCUUCCGAGACUGUUGUUUCCUCUUCACUUGAGCCAGACAUGAUCUGGUUCCAAGCCCCUGUGAUGGUGAAGGGUUAUAAGGACAAGCCAGGAAUGAUGUUGUCUUAGGUGACCUAUGCUGGUGAAAGGAUGUAAGGACAAGCCAGGAAUGAUGUUGCCCUAAGUGACCUAUGAUGGUGAAGGGAUGUAAGGACAAGCCAGGAAUGAUGUUGCCUUAAGAAACUUUUUCACUUCUUAACAUGUAUUUUUGAAAUUUGUUUUUAAAACUGUAGAUUUUACUUAUUUAUAUACAUAAAAGAUCGGAAUUUUUAUAUCAUGAAUUAAAAGAAAAUGUGCAGAUUUCAUAAUGAUGCUUGUUGCAGUAAUCAAAGUGAUUUUUUGUGCAUGUAUUUGUGAUACGCAUCCUGCUGAAACAACACAUUAAAGUAUGUCAUUUAUUACAGAUGCAAAUGUCAAUAAAAGUGCUAUUGUAAA